AUGGACCUGCACGAAGCCCAGACUCGCCUCGCGGCCUCCUUGCACGACAUCUCCGAGGCCUUCCAGAAGGUCCCCGGCAGCGCCGUCCUGAUCCGCUACAUCCAGUCCAGCUACCAGAACGACCCCAUCCGCUCCGCCAUCGAACUCGUGCUGGUCAUAUUCUUCAUCCGCUACCUGCUGGCCCCCGCCUACCCGACCCAUGGGCCCAACUACGUCAAGCUCAAGGAGGAAGAAAUUGACGAGCUGGUCCAAGACUGGGAGCCCGAGCCCCUAGUCGCAGGGCAGACGCCCUUCGAGGAGGCCGAGGCCGAGAAGCUCCCCGUCAUCGUUGGCCCGACAGGCCCCAAAUCCAAACUCGCCAACGGCAAGACCGUGACCAACCUCGCCUCCUACAACUUCUACAACUUCAAUGCCAAUGAGCAGAUCAAGGAGAAGGCGAUCCAGACCCUGCGAACCUACGGAGUCGGACCCUGCGGGCCCCCCCAGUUCUACGGCACCCAGGAUGUUCACAUGAAGACCGAGGCCGAUAUUGCCGCCUACCUGGGCACCGAGGGCUGCAUUGUCUACGCCCAGGCCUUCUCCACCAUCUCCAGUGUGAUCCCCUCGUUCUGCAAGCGUGGCGAUGUCAUCAUUGCCGACAAGCAGGUCAACUACUCGAUCCGCAAGGGCCUUGACAUCUCGCGCAGUCAGAUCAAGUGGUUCAACCACAACGACAUGGAGGACCUCGAAAGGGUAAUGAAGCAGGUCGUUCGCGAUCAGGCCAAGAAGAAGCUGACCAGACGCUUCAUCGUCACGGAAGGUCUGUUUGAGCUGGUGGGCGACUCUGCGGAUCUGCCCAAGCUGGUUGAGUUGAAGGAGAAGUACAAGUUCCGUAUCAUCCUGGACGAGACGCUGUCCUUCGGAGUCCUGGGCCGUACUGGACGUGGCCUGACCGAAGCCCAAAACGUGGAUUCUUCACAGAUCGACAUGAUUGUUGGUUCACUCGCUGGUCCUCUGUGUGCGGGUGGCGGCUUCUGCGCCGGAAACCGUGACGCCGUGGAGCACCAGCGCAUCACGGCAGCCUCGUAUACCUUCUCUGCCGCUCUGCCAGCCAUGCUCGCCGUGACAGCCAGCGAGACGCUGAACGUUCUUCAGUCCAAUCCUGAGAUCUUGUCUCAGUGCCGCGAGAACAUCAAGACGAUAAAGGCCCAACUGGAUCCAAGAAGCGACUGGGUCAACUGUACCAGUUCGGCCGAGAACCCGAUUUUGCUCCUCAACCUCAAGCCGGAUGUGAUCCGGACGCGGGGGCUUACAUAUGAGGACCAGGAACGGAUUCUGCAGGAGUGUGUUGAUGAGACAUUGAGCAACGGCGUCCUCAUCACGAGGCUGAAGAGCCUGCCGUCCGUGAGGAACAUUGGCACGCCCAAGGACGAGACAUGGGCGAUCCGGCCGGCGCUGAAGGUCUGCGUGACAUCAGGCCUCUCCAAGAAGGAGAUCGAGAAGGCGGGUGUCACGAUCCGCCACGCCAUCACCAAGGUUAUGACACGCAAGACCAACAGGCAAUCGUCACUUGUGGCAUAG